AUGUCCAACUACUACCCCCAGCAGCCCCAGCAGGCCUACUAUGGUCCUCCUCAGGGUCAAUAUGGACCUCCCCAAGGCCAGUACGGUCCUCCUCAGGGCCAGUACUACCCUCCUCAACAACAAAUGGGCUACCAGCAGGGACCUCCUCCCAUGCAGCAAGCACCACCACAGAAGGAUCGCGGCUGCCUGUCUUCCUGCUUGGCAGUAUUGUGCUGUUGUUUCGUUUGCGAGGAAGGCUGCGAGUGUUGCGCCGACUGCUGCGAAUGCGCAGAGGACUGCUGUUAA